CUUUCUCCCUUCUGUCCUUUUCCCACGUCUCUCUCUCUCUCCACUGUCCGCAGUUUCCUUUCCCUUUUCUCUCCCUUUCCUUUCUCCUUCUCUUUCUUUUCCUUUCAUUCUCUUUCGCCUUUUCUUUUUUUUCCUUUGGGCUCUCUUCUCCGCGACACUCGUUCUCCCUUGCGACCCGCGAUCAGAAAAAGUCUCCCCCUCACCGGUCAACUGCACCAACAUCGCUCGUUCGUGAAGCGUUGUAUAUUGGGUCGAAGUGAUUUUGGGUUGGCGAUUCGUCAUGGAUUUGGAAUUCCUCAAGAAUGUGCCGCGGCCGACAAUUGAUCGGCCGUUUGGCAUCCACCUAUGGCCUAUCUUCGACAAGGCGUUCGAGAUGGUCGUCGGCUAUCCCGCCAGCGAGUUCGACUUCAAGGCCGGCGUGACUCCCAUGUCGACUAUCAAGGAGACGGUGAUCGGACUGGUGGCCUACUAUGUCAUCAUCUUCGGUGGUCGCGCGCUCAUGAAGAACCGCGAGCCCUUCAAGCUGAACUUGCUGUUCAUGAUCCACAACUUCUACCUGACCGCCAUCAGCGCCACGCUUCUGGUUCUGUUCAUCGAGCAGUUGGUGCCCACCAUCUGGAACCAUGGGAUCUUCUUCGCCAUCUGUGACCACAACGGUGGUUGGACUCAGCCCCUGAUCGUUCUCUACUAUCUGAACUACCUGACCAAAUACCUCGAACUGCUUGAUACCGUCUUCCUGUUCCUCAAGAAGAAGCCCUUGACCUUCCUCCACACCUACCACCACGGUGCCACCGCCCUCCUGUGCUAUACCCAGCUGAUCGGCUUGACCGCGGUGCAGUGGGUGGUGAUCGACAUCAACCUGCUGGUCCACGUCGUCAUGUACUGGUACUACUUCCAGAGUGCCCGCGGCAUCCGUAUCACCUGGAAGGAAUGGAUCACCCGUCUCCAGAUCAUCCAGUUCGUCAUCGAUCUCGGCUUCGUGUACUUUGCGUCCUACACCUACUUCACCUCGUCCUACUUCCCCGAGCUGCCCAACAUGGGUGUUUGCGCCGGAGAGGAGUUCGCCGCGUUCGCCGGCAUGGGCAUCCUUAGCUCCUACCUCUUCCUGUUCAUCUCGUUCUACAUCGCCACCUACAACAAGACCAAGUCCAAGGCUGGCCGUCCCCGUCGCAACACUGGCCGCCAGGCUGUCAUCGACAUGGCCAAGUUCGAGGUCGCCCCGGCUCCCGGCGCGCAGGCUGCUUCCGCCAACGGCACUGUCCCGUCCAACGGAUCCGCCGUGUCGACCGGACGGUCCAACGGGCCCGUCACUCGCUCGCGCAAGGCUUAAAUGCUGUGCGCGUGGCCUACCAACGGAUGAACCUCGCGAGAGGGCCAUCCGACCGAUCUGCAGCAGCAGUUCAACCACCUUCCCUAUUCCACACAUUCCGUUCGACCACCGGCGUUUGGCUUUGUCCCGGGUGUGAUGAACCAUUAGACAAUCCUUUUGCAUCUGGCCAUUUUGGGUUCAAGUAUUAUAUUAUCAUUUAAUGAAUGACCAUUAUGAUACUGGUCGCGUUCGUGGCCAGCCGAUGCAUGCCGUCCGCAUACGAGGGCUCUACGGGAGAUUUGCUUCUGAGGCGUUCUCGCCUCCAGUGUAUUCUAGAUUUGGUUUUCCCCGAGUAUGCGGCGGCGGCUGCGGGCUUUUCCUUCUUGUUUCCUUUUACUAUUCUUUUUUUUUUUUUUUUUUCCCCCCC